AUGGAGAAGAUCUGCAUGGCCACUGUGUACUUGGUGCUCAGUGCAGCCCUGAACGGGCAGGAGGCAAAAUGUCCCCUGAAUCUGAUCCGAGAUCAAAGCAAUGCAGAGAACUAUUACAGGCCAGGAGACCAGCUCAUCAGUGGCAUCCUCGCUACAAAGCAUGUUGUUCAUCAAGACCCACAUAACUUUUCUGAACCUCCUCUGACCAAAAUUGAGAGUAUACCAAGAAAGAUCUAUGUCCGGUACUGGAACACUGUGUCUUUCCUCUUUGCUGUCCAUGAGGUCAACCAGAGUCCUGGGCUCUUGCCCAACCUCACCCUGGGCUACAACGUCUAUGAGACCCACUUCCAUGGGAGAAUCACUUCCAAUGCCUUGGUGGACCUGCUUGCUGGAGGGGACAGCAACAUUCCCAACUAUAGCUGCGGAGGGCGGAAGAACCCGUUGGCAAUUGUGGAAGGGGCUGAAUCUGACAUCUCGAUGCACGUUUCCGCCAUGUCGGGUAUCUACAAAAUUCCACAGGUAGGAACUGCCAACAGGGAGGAGUUUCACACCUUCCUGAUAAAAGUCCAGUUUGCAAAUGCUUCCCAGAGUGGGCUGUUUCUAUAUGAGGACGGGCAGCUGGCGCUCAACUACGAUAUCAGGAACUGGAUUCUUCUCCCAAAUGGGUCCUAUCGUAGAGUGACCAUUGGGAGCCUGGUGGGAAAGGCAGCCCAGGACGUGAAGCUCACCAUGGAUCCUGAGGCCAUCGUGUGGCCCAGGCAGUUUAACCAGACAGUGCCUCAAUCCAGGUGUGUUGAGAGCUGUCACCCUGGAUCUGCCAAGGAGGUUCUGGAAGGGAAGCCGCCCUGCUGCUACGCUUGUGUGCCCUGUCCAGAAGGCACCAUCUCUGCUCAGGAGGAUGCAGAUCAUUGUAUUGCAUGCGCAGGAGAUCAGAAGCCAAACUCCAACCAGGAUUGUUGUGUCCCCAAGUCUCUGAGCUUCCUGUCCUAUGAAGAACCUCUGGGGAUCUCCCUGGCUUCCCUUGCCCUAUUCUGCUCCUUCACAACAGGCUGUGUCUUAGGAAUCUUCAUCAAAUACUUGGACACCCCAUUAGUCAAAGCCAACAACCGGGACCUCUCCUACAUUCUCCUCAUCUCCCUUCUGCUUUCCUUUUGGUCAAUCUUCCUUUUCAUUGGGCAGUCGCAGAAAUUGACUUGCCUCCUCCGACAAACAGCCUUCAGCAUCAUCUUCUCAGUUGCCACCUCUAGUGUGUUGGCCAAAACAGUCACUGUGGUGCUGGCCUUCCUGGCCACCAAGCCAGGGAAAAAGGUGAGAAGGUGGCUGGGAAAGAGUUUGGCCAACUUCAUUGUCAUUUCCUGUUCCAGUGUGCAACUGGUCAUCUGCUCCAUCUGGCUGGGCAUCUCUCCACCCUUCCCAGACUCUGACAUGCACUCCCAGCCUGGACACAUCAUCCUACAGUGCAACGAAGGGUCUCUCAUGAUGUUCUACACUGCCCUGGGCUACAUGGGCUUCCUGGCCACCAUCUGCUUCAUGGUGGCUUUCCUGGCCAGGAAGCUGCCAGGUGCCUUCAAUGAAGCCAAGCUGAUCACCUUCAGCAUGCUGGUCUUCUGCAGUGUCUGGGUGUCCUUUCUGCCCUCCUACCUGAGCACCAAGGGCAAGUACAUGGUGGCUGUGCAGGUCUUCUCCAUCUUGGCCUCCAGUGCUGGGCUGCUGGGCUGCAUCUUCAUCCCCAAGUGCUACAUCAUUGUCCUGAGGCCUGAGCUGAAUACGAAAGAGCACCUCAGGAUGAAAGCCAGAGAAGGCCUCUGA